UCUGGCGCUCCGCAUCCACCACCUGCGGCAGCAGGGGCUGGCGGCCCAGGCCCCUGCCCAGCCCCUUCCCUCUACCCCAUGUCUCAGCCUUAACCCGGCUGUCCUCCCCGUCCGGGGACAUUUCUCAGUGCCCCUUGCCCGUCCCGUCCAACUCGAGAGCCAUGAAUGACCAGUAUCACCGGGCCGCCAGGGAUGGCUAUCUGGAACUCCUCAAGGAGGCCACCCGGAAGGAGCUGAAUGCCCCUGAUGAGGAUGGCAUGACCCCGACUCUCUGGGCUGCCUACCAUGGCAACCUGGAGUCGCUGCGCCUCAUAGUGAGCCGCGGGGGUGACCCGGAUAAGUGUGACAUCUGGGGAAACACGCCCUUGCAUCUGGCAGCUUCCAAUGGCCACCUGCACUGCCUGUCCUUCCUCGUGUCCUUCGGGGCCAACAUCUGGUGCCUGGACAAUGACUACCACACGCCGCUGGACAUGGCCGCUAUGAAGGGCCACAUGGAGUGCGUGCGCUAUCUGGAUUCCAUCGCGGCCAAGCAGAGCAGCCUCAACCCCAAGCUGGUGGGCAAGCUGAAGGACAAGGCCUUCCGUGAGGCGGAGCGGCGCAUCCGGGAGUGCGCCAAGAUGCAGCGCAAGCACCACGAACGCAUGGAACGGCGCUACCGGCGCGAGCUGGCCGAGCGCUCCGACACUCUCAGCUUCUCCAGCCUCACAUCCAGCACCCUGAGCCGACGGCUGCAGCACAUGACGCUGGGCAGCCAGCUGCCCUACUCGCAGGCCACGCUGCACGGCACGGCCAAGGGCAAGGCCAAGAUCCAAAAGAAGCUGGAGAGGCGCAAGCAGGGGGGCGAGGGCACCUUCAAGGUCUCCGAGGACGGGCGCAAAAGCGUCCGCUCGCUCUCGGGCCUGCAGCUGGGUAGCGAUGUGAUGUUUGUGCGCCAGGGCACCUACGCCAACCCCAAAGAGUGGGGCCGUGCCCCACUCAGGGACAUGUUCCUCUCGGACGAGGACAGCGUCUCCCGUGCCACGCUGGCUGCCGAGCCUGCUCACUCGGAGGUCAGCACCGACUCAGGCCACGACUCCUUGUUUACCCGCCCCGGCCUGGGUACCAUGGUGUUUCGAAGGAACUAUGUGAGCAGCGGGUUGCACGGGCUGGGCCGAGAGGACGGGGGCUUGGAUGGGGCAGGUACGCCGCGGGGUCGGUUGCAUAGUUCCCCCAGCCUGGACGACGACAGCCUGGGCAGUGCCAACAGCUUGCAGGACCGCAGUUGCGGGGAAGAGCUGCCCUGGGAUGAGCUAGACCUGGGCUUGGAUGAGGACCUGGAGCCCGAGACCAGCCCCUUGGAGACCUUCCUGGCCUCGCUGCACAUGGAAGACUUUGCCUCUCUCCUGCGGCACGAGAAGAUCGACCUGGAGGCUCUGAUGCUGUGCUCUGACCUGGACCUGCGCAGCGUCAGCGUGCCCCUGGGGCCUCGGAAGAAGAUCCUGGGGGCCGUGAGGAGGCGCAGGCAGGCUCUGGAGCGACCCCUGGCCCUGGAGGACACCGAGCUAUGAAAGAGCUCCUCUCCUCAGACCAAAUGAAUUGCGAGUUGCCACAACCUGCGGUGGGGCCAAGAGGUCCUCACCAUCGCCAUUCCAGCUGUCCCUUCUCCAGGAGCAAGGGUCACAUGGGUCAUUUCCCUCUGAAACCCGGUCUGCACGCUGAAGCAGAGGUGUAGCCUUGAGGCACCCGGAGGGACCACAGCACCCCAGAGCACUGCUUCUGAUGGGUGUUGGAGCCCCCACUCACCUUCAUUGAAAAGCUCUGAAUUACAAGAGGAUUGGUGGAGGGUCAGCCCCGGAAGGAGAUCAGGGACUGAUUGACCCUGAGGACUUGAUGACAUCACAGCUGAGGUAGAGAGAGAACAGGUGGGAGCUUGGCCAGUUACAGGUCUGUCACCUGCUCCACCUGUCUUCUCCAGCCUUCUGGGGGUGUGUGUGGGUUCCUGUUCUUUCUCAGGCUGGAACCCUAUUGCUUCCUACUUACUGUAACAGAAGAGUUUGGGUACCCCCUCCUCAUGCACCCCAGAAGGAGGUUCCCCAGUCAGACUCUUCAGCCAAAUGCUCCAUCUUUCCUUCCCCAGCACAUCCCCUCCUACAAAAGGCCAGUCCCCACUUUUCAUCCACUGGCCAUGGCCACAGCUGGAAAGCCAUGCUGGGGUAGGCUGGAGUAAUUAGUACUCUUCCUAGCUCAUUCUGGGGGCCCAGACUGUCUCCUUUAACUUCACCCAACUCCAUUAGGAAGCCUGGUCUCCCCAGGGCUUUCAGAGGAUCAGUGGGCCUAGAUGCAAGGUACAGCAGAAUCAUGGCCCCAGGCCUGGAAGUCACACAUCUGGCUGCUGUAGAAUGGCAUCUGUUAACUGCCAUGGUGUCUCUCAGGCCCCUAGACAGGGGCUGGACAGUUUGUAUCAGGCCCAGUGUGGGAAAGCUCUGUGAGGAAGAUCUUGGGGGAUGUAGAGAACUGAGGUCCUGGUUGUGUCCAGGCUCCCAAGGCUUGCUCUCUCUCUCUCUCUCUCUCUCUCUCUCUCUCUCUCUCUCUCUCUCUCUCUCUGUGUGUGUGUGUGUGUACUGGGUCUGGUUAGAAGAUUCCCUCAGGAUCUGGAGGGGCCCCAGCUGCUCUUGAUUCUACAUAGAUCAUGUGAAAGGGAGAAUUCCCCAUGCGUCCAGCCCUGGAAUGGUAUGGAGGUGAAAACCAGAGCAAAGGCUAGCCCAGAGGUCCUCAGCGUGUGUCCUUACAGCAGUAUCACUGAGGUUAUGGAUGUGGCUAAGUCUCUCAGGAGCCACACGUGUGCAGAGUCACAUUCAUCCUUCCAUGGAUAUGCCCCUCCUGUCAGCAGUGGGUCCCCAUUCCAGACUCCUCCUUGGAGAGCAGAGAGCCUCUAGCUCCUCCUUCAACUCCCUAACUGGGCAGAGGGAGACCCCCAGAGCCUCUGCGCUCUGUCUGGAGGUGCACUGUCCUGUACACCCUGUUCUGAGUGUCCAGAAGGUGGCUUUUGUCCCACCACCACCCUGAGUCUACCCCUUCCCCCCAGCCUUCUUGUUUUCUGGGCCCAAGCCUGGGGCCACCUCCAAGUGCCGACUCCUCUUUCUCAGAGCCCCAGGAACUGCUCUUUCUCAUCUCUUGUGACUGUUUACUGCCUCGGCCCGUCCUGUUUCUCCCUGCCCUGGGGUAGGCCAGAUGCUGUGACCCUCACCCGUUGUACCCCGAACCCUUCCCUCAGGCUAAUUAUAUUUUUGGUACAGCA